UUUUUAAAAGAUUACCAAAAUUGUUUAUGCUUGGAGAGAAAGAAAAACAAAGUCAAUUAAUUGGAAAUUAGGAAGAAAGACACCAUUUUUGUGAAAAACCAAAACCCAAAACCCAAAAACCCUUCGAUUUGAAUCAAAUUCAAAACUACCAAAAACCCAGAACUGAACAACAACCAAUCAAGAUGAGUAGUCUAUGGAAGACCAACUCCUUUAGAAGAACUCUCAAAUACGCCAUUGAUACCAAUACCAAGACCUCCAUUCGAGCUCUCUCCACUUCUUCACCCUCCAUUUUCAAACACCCACUUCCUCUUCUUUCCAACAGAUCUUCUUCUUCGCCUUAUUCGCUCACCGUUCGAUAUCUCCGUACCGGUCGCGAUGGAUCCAGAAUCUAUGAGAUUACGCCUCCUGUUAAUUGGGGUGUUCGGAUUGUGCCUGAAAAGAAGGCCUUUGUGGUUGAGCGGUUUGGAAAGUAUGUCAAGACUCUUCCUUCUGGAAUCCAUUUCUUGAUUCCCUUUGUUGAUCGGAUUGCUUAUGUUCAUUCCUUGAAAGAAGAGGCCAUUCCCAUUCCUGACCAGUCUGCAAUUACUAAGGACAAUGUCAGCAUUUUGAUUGAUGGGGUUCUUUAUGUCAAGAUUGUGGAUCCUAAAUUGGCUUCUUAUGGAGUUGAGAAUCCCAUAUAUGCGGUUAUUCAGCUUGCACAAACUACAAUGCGUAGUGAGCUUGGGAAAAUCACUCUAGACAAGACAUUUGAGGAAAGAGAUACUCUUAAUGAAAAGAUAGUAGAGUCCAUUAACAAGGCUGCAAAAGAAUGGGGCCUUGAGUGCCUCCGUUAUGAGAUAAGGGAUAUAUCUCCUCCUCGUGGAGUAAGGGCUGCUAUGGAGAUGCAAGCAGAAGCUGAACGUAAAAAGCGAGCCCAAGUUCUCGAGUCAGAAGGAGAAAGGCAGGCCCAUAUCAAUAUCGCAGACGGUAAAAAGAGUUCUGUGAUCUUAGAAUCAGAAGCUGCAAGGAUAAAUCAAGUCAACAGAGCACAGGGAGAAGCGGAAGCCAUUCUUGCCAAAGCAAAAGCAACUGCUGAAGGUCUUGCCGUUGUGUCAAAGACCCUCAAGGAAAAUGGGGGAGUUGAGGCAGCAAGUUUGAGAAUUGCUGAACAAUAUAUUCAAGCCUUCAGUAAUAUUGCUAAGGAGGGCACAACCAUGUUGCUACCGAGCUCAGCUUCGAAUCCUGCCAACAUGAUGGCUCAAGCUCUCACCAUGUACAAAAGCCUAGUUGGCAAUAAUACUUCCAGUAAUGGGGUUCAUAAAACACCUGGCGAGACAAUAGCCAAGGUAGAGGAUGAGGGUGACGAUGCUCCAUACGAGAGCGCCUAUACUUCAAGAACACCGAAAAUUGCUCCACGCGAAGAAGAAAAGCCUGGGUUUUCACUCCAAAGUCCCAAGAAUUCAGAAUAGAGUUUUGGUUCAACCAAACAAUUGUGCCAAAAUAUAAUUUGAUUGAUGAGCUUUUGACAUUUUGUAUUUGAUGUGUAUGAUUCCAUUAUGGUUUCUCUUUUUAGUAGUAUCUUUAGGAUGCUCUUAGUCAUACAUACUACUUCAUUUUCCGGCAAAAAGUAAAACUUGUCCAUGUUAUAUGAGCAAUUAGGGGCCUUAUUCAAUAAUGAGAUUAAACAGAUGUUAAUGUCAUGUUAUGGAAUCAGAAAUUUUUUACAAAAGACCAUAUUCAUUUUUUACAAAGGACUUGCCUUUUCAUAGUAUAUGAAUAUUACUGCUCAGUCCCGUGCUUGGUGUCUAGAGCUCCCUAAGGAUUUAGUUAUUUAAUC